UAUGACAUCUCUAAAAUAAAUCGAUUAAAUUCCGUGAAUAACAUCAGACCUUCAUUCAUCAAUUAACUGAAAAAAAAAUCUGAAUAUUUAGACCAGAUAUACUCCCACCUAUCAGCUGCUCAUGUGCAUUGCCCAGCCGCUUGGUGCUACGGAGUGCAAGAUGAGUCCAUAUGGAACUUUGUAGUCUACAUGUGCUUUUAGAUAUACUACCUCUGACUCGCCGGUCACCAGUCUUCAUCUGAACUACUCCAGCUGCUGUCGCGCAAAAGACGGGCCAGCUCUCGGCCCUAUUAGCUGUCACGCUCCGAGAAAUCGAAGACUUCGUAGUUUGUAGCAACGGUAGUCCCUCUCCUUGCAGGCUUCAUUGAUUAAUUAGCUUAAUCUAAAUCUCACAUGGAAACCCCUUCAACCUUCACCGCCUCUCGUAGUCCAUUAGCUAAUUAAAUAAACCCUCGUGGAAUUAUUAAUUGUCACUAAUGCCAGGUGCUCCCGAUUAAUUACUUCGCAAGAAAAAGCUACGUCUCUCACCAACGAAUCAAAAGAAUAGAAGGAAAUUAACCAAGCAAGCAAGCGAGCAGCGUUUCCAGUCUCUCUCUUUCCUCUUUUGAGCUCUAAUCGCCAUGGCCGAGACUUGUAAUUCUCGAAGCUUCUCUUGGCUCGUGAAGUCCUGCCUCCCCGAUCCCCGCCGGGAGAUCGCCAGAGCCCCGCCGGAGAACCCCCACUGCCGACGGCCCGCCGCCGUCUCCCCCGCCGCCGCGUCCCCCAUCUCCUCCCUCCCCGACGAUCUCCUUCUGGAGUGUCUGUCUAGGGUUCCGCUCUCUUCCCUCCCUUCCCUUCCCCUCGUCUGCCGACGCUUCUCCCUGCUCCUUGAUUCCGCCGCCUUCCUCGACCUCCGCCGCGCCCACGGCCGCCUUCGCCGCACCCUCCACGCCCUCUCCUUCUCCGAUCUUGGCCUCCUCGUCUCCGCAGCCAUCCCCGCCGAUGACCCCGCCGCCGUCGCCUGGGACUGCGCAUCUCCGAUUCCCCUCCCUCCCCAGAUCCUCGAUGGAUCCUUCUCCCACGCUCGCCUCGCCGCCGUCGGCCGCUCGAUCUACAUCAUUGGCCGCGGCGCGACCCUCCGGUACGACACGUGGACGGGCGCGGUCGCCCCCCGUGCGCCGACCCUCUUCGCUCGCAAGAAAUUCGCCGCCGCUGCGAUCGGCGGCAAGAUCUACGUCGCCGGCGGCACCGCCCGGACUUCUGCGGUGGAAGAGUACGAUCCAGCAGCGGACGCUUGGCGGGUGGUGGCGGACGCCCCCCUGCGGCGGUACGGGUGCGUCGCCGCUGCCGCCGGCGGUGUGUUCUACGUCAUCGGCGGGCUGAGGGUCGGUGGCCGGGAGGCAGCGGGGAGCCUAGAUGCGCACGUAUGCGCGGGGUCCAUGGACGCGUACCGUGUGGGGACGGGGGCAUGGGUGAGGGGGCGGGCUGGGGCGGCGGCGGCGGCGGUGGCGGUGGUGCCGGGCGGCGGGUGCGUGGUUGGGGCGUGCGGGGUGGGGACGUAUGUGUACGUGCUGGCGAGCCACGCGGUGGAGGUGUCGUUCUGGAGGUGGGAGGUGGGGCGGGGGCGGAGGGUUGGGGAGUGGACGCGGCUCGAGCCACCGCCGGUGCCGGGCCGGGGCCGGCUGGGCGGGGCGGUCCGGUUCAGCUGCGCCGCCGUGGGGGAGGACAAGGUGGUGGCUCUGGCCCACGUCCCCUCCACAGCUGGCGCGGAGGGAGCGGUGCUGGUCUACGACAUCGCCGGCGGCGAGUGGACCCGUGGGCCGGACCUCCCGCGGGGGCUCCGCCGCGCCGCGUUCGCUUUCGUCGAGUGCUAGCCGCCGCACGUUAAGGCAUCGCUAACGGUGGCCCCGUUCACGGUACUGGUGCGGUAUGAUGCGGCCGCGUAAGAGUUUACUUUUGCUUGAAAGUGUGUGAGCUUGUGCCGCGUGGCAAGGUUGUUUACGUGGCGGAUAAUGGUUGGUUUGGAUGUGAUAGUCUUUCAUGGUGCGUGGGUGGGGAUAUCGCGGCCGUAUGUCGCGGUGCUGUUUCUGAUUAUGGAUCGUACUACUGCGAUUGUUGAUUGGUUUAAUUUUAGAGGUUGCUUCUUUUGGAGUAAUGUAGAUGUUUAAUGCAAAUUGCAACAAGAAAAUUUGAUGGAGCCCACUUGCUAAGCUGGAAAUUCAAAAAUUGCAACCGUAAGUGGCUGCUGCAAUGUUGUCACUUUAUUCUAUUAAGAGGAAAACUUAAGAAUACCAGAUGUGUUCUCGAGCUCUUGUAAUUUAAAUUAGAAGCUUGCAUGUGCAAUCCAUAGGAUGGUUGAGACU